GCCGCUAAAACCAAAGGAACGGGCAGAAACCUCUUGAAGCCGCGCACAAAAAACCAGAGGACUUAAUUACAGUACAGAGAGGAAGGUGAUGUCAGGUUCAUCUAACACGUGCGAAGCGCGUGAGAGGCAUGGGUGGCUUGAUGAGGAAGACGAUCGAUGAGCGUUAAUGGGGGGGUCUGAGUUUUCUUGGUGGGGUCUUCUCGAUGCUACAGCUAUGGCCGGCGGUUCUCUCUUUGGGAGUCAAAGAAGUGCAGGCAUGAGAGAAGGGGGGGUGUCUUGUAGUCUCAAUCUCACUGUUCGCGUUGUGGUUUUAUUGCUUCACUGUCUUCAUGAAUGCUCUUGCAAAUCAAUGCAUUAUCUGAAAGGUUCUAUAACAGUGAAUAUUGAGUCGGAUGCCACUCUUCCUGAGAUUUCCCCAAGUGGGGCUCCUCAGCCUUUUCUUCCUCUUCUUGCCCCUUCACCACUGACACCAUUCACAAAUAACAGUGUCCCAAAAUUAUCAGGACUCUGCACUUUAAACUUCACUGCAGCUGAAAGUAUGAUGAGCAUGACAUCAAUUGAUUGCUGGUCAGCAUUUGCUCCAUAUCUGGCCAAUGUAUUGUGUUGUCCACAGUUGGAAGCCAUUCUUGUUAUUCUCAUUGGUCAACACAGUAAAACUUCUAACUUACUUGCUUUGAAUGGAACCCUUGCAAAGCCCUGCCUUUCAGAUGUUGAGCAAAUUCUAUUGGGUCAGGGUGCCAGUAGUAAUCUUCAGCAAAUUUGCUCAAUUCAUGCAUCAAACCUCACUGAAGCUACAUGUCCAGUGAAAGAUGUUAAUGAGUUUGAGGGCAUGGUUGACUCUUCUAAGCUUCUUUCUGCCUGUGAAAAGAUUGAUCCUGUGAAAGAAUGUUGUGACCAAAUUUGUCAGAGUGCCAUAUUAGAAGCUUCUAGAAAAAUUGCAUUGAAACCAUAUGAUCUUUUGAGUGUGGAUGGCUCCCAUGUCUUGCCUGAUCGCUCAGCUAUGAUUGAUGAUUGCAGAAGUAUUGUACUACGAUGGCUGGCAAGUAGACUCAGUCCUUCUCGUGCAAAGGAAGUUCUCAGGGGACUAUCUAAUUGCAAUGUUAAUAAAGCUUGUCCUCUGCUUUUUCCCAAUAUUAGCCAUGUCACAGUGGGAUGUGGGAAUGGGAUAAGUAAUCAGACAGCAUGCUGUAAUGCCAUGGACAGCUAUAUGUCUUAUUUGCAAAGACAGAGCUUCAUAACCAACUUGCAAGCUUUGAAUUGUGCUGCAUCUCUUAGAAUGAAGUUACAGAAAGAAAACAUCACCAAAAAUGUGUAUAGCCUCUGUCACAUAAGUCUCAAGGAUUUCUCAGUUCAAGCUGCAACUGAAGCUACUUCCGGACUAGAAUCUGGAUGCCUUUUGCCAAGUUUGCCUUCAGAUGCGAUACUUGACAAAUCUUUAGGUGUCAGCUUCCUUUGCGAUUUGAAUGACAACAUUCCAGCUCCUUGGCCCACCACAUCUCAAUUACCUGCUUCGACAUGCAAAAAAACUGUCAAAAUUCCUGCGCUUCCUGCAGUAGCAUCUGCUCAGAGUGGUCUUUAUAAUGGGGACAUGUUGUUUUCAGUGCUCUUCACUUCCUCGACAGCACUCCUAAUGCUCCUGUAGUACUGCUAAUUUAAACCACUAUUGCUCCUUCAGUUUUGGAAAGAUGCUUCUCUACACAUGGAUGAUCAUAAGUCCUAGUAGAAUAGGAUAUUUCGAUGAUCGAGGAUUAUACGAAGAAGGAUUAAUCAUAUCCUCAAGAUCACAUCAGUGGAGAUGGCUUUGUGCUGGGAAAAUCUGAGGCGGGUUCAUGCUUUUGUUCUGGAUGAUAUUAAUUCACGAUUCUUGAAGAUGAUUCUUCCACCCUUGUGCAAUAAAGUUUUGUAAAGAGAAACUUUUAGAAAAAUGAGCUCGUGUUGUAAUUAUUACCGUGUAGUUUGUUAUGUAAAUUUGGAGUGCAGAGCAGACUGGUUUGUGUAAACCUUCUUCUUCUUCUCAUCUUAAUGACUUUCACAUAUUUUCCCCAAUGUUUCCAACUUGUACAAGCACUCAAAGACUAAUUAUAUAUGUCAACUUCUGAGAUAAAUGCUUCCUCUAAA